GAUCGGCUGUGGGAGUCGCUUCUGCUCUCGCGAGAUCUUCGCGGACGCCGGGCUCGGGCGACCCGGGCUUCUGUGAAACAUGGCGGUCGGCUGGGACCGUAGCACUGGCAUGACUAUAUGAAGGAAGAGGAAGGUUUAUCUGAAGAUGAGGCGACUGAAUCGGAAAAAAACCUUAAGUUUGGUGAGAGAGUUAGACGCCUUUCCCAAGGUUCCUGACAGCUAUGUGGAGACAUCAGCCAGUGGGGGAACAGUUUCUCUAAUAGCAUUUACCACUAUGGCUUUAUUAACAAUAAUGGAAUUCUCAGUGUAUCAAGAUACCUGGAUGAAGUACGAAUAUGAAGUAGACAAGGAUUUUUCUAGCAAGUUGAGAAUCAACAUAGACAUUACCGUUGCCAUGAAGUGUCAGUAUGUUGGAGCAGAUGUACUGGAUUUAGCAGAGACCAUGGUUGCAUCUGCAGAUGGUCUAUCUUACGAACCAGCAGUGUUUGACCUUUCACCCCAGCAGAGAGAGUGGCAGAGGAUGCUGCAGCUGAUUCAGAGUAGGCUACAAGAAGAGCAUUCCCUUCAAGAUGUGAUAUUCAAAAGUGCUUUUAAAAGUGCGUCAACGGCACUGCCACCAAGGGAAGAUGACCCAGCGCUGACUCCAGAUGCAUGCCGAAUCCACGGUCAUCUGUACGUCAAUAAAGUAGCAGGGAAUUUUCACAUAACUGUGGGCAAGGCAAUCCCACAUCCGCGAGGGCAUGCGCACUUGGCAGCACUUGUCAACCACGAUUCUUACAACUUUUCUCACAGAAUAGACCAUUUAUCUUUUGGAGAGCUUGUUCCAGGGAUUAUUAAUCCUUUGGAUGGAACUGAAAAGAUUGCUGUAGAUCACAACCAGAUGUUCCAAUAUUUCAUUACAGUUGUGCCAACAAAGCUACAUACAUACAAGAUUUCAGCUGACACCCAUCAGUUCUCUGUCACAGAAAGGGAACGUAUCAUUAACCACGCUGCAGGCAGCCACGGAGUCUCUGGAAUAUUUAUGAAAUAUGAUCUCAGUUCUCUCAUGGUGACAGUCACUGAGGAACACAUGCCUUUCUGGCAGUUUUUUGUAAGACUCUGUGGUAUUAUUGGAGGAAUCUUUUCAACAACAGGCAUGUUACAUGGAAUCGGAAAAUUUAUAGUGGAAAUAAUUUGCUGUCGUUUCAGACUUGGAUCCUACAGGCCCGUCCGCUCUGUCCCCUUUGAAGAUGGCCACACAGACAACCACUUACCUCUUCUAGAAAAUAAUACACAUUAGCACCUCCUGGGUGGAGAAAAACUUUUUGCCUGAAACAUGAAACCUUUUCUAAUAAUAAAAUGUUGUGCAAUAUAUUCAAAGAAAAGAAAAUAUGAGAACCUGGAAACAUACUUAUUUAAAAAAAGGAAAAAAAGGAUAAAAAAAACCCCAAAAAAACAGCCAAGGAUAAAAACAAAGCGAAGUUGUCCUAUACAUGUGUGCCUGUUACAAAUGUCCUAGAAGAAAUCAUGCAGCUAACUGGAGAGGCAGCCCAGCCGGAGUGCCAGGCAAAGAUGGCCCCUCUCGCUCAAACGGACAGCGAGGAGGAGAAGAGUCUAGAGGAUGGAAGUGAAACCGUACUUACAGAGAAGGGCAUCGAUACAUGCAGAUGUGUGUCCUUUGUUUUUAAAAGAUGUCAGAAUAAAAUGUGUAAAACAUGGAAAACUAGUCUAGACUUUAAAAAACUGCAAUCAGCUCCCAUGGUUAAUAAAUGAAGCAGGGACUGGCCCUGUGUUUCAGCCAUAUUAGUGCUAAGCCAUAUUGACAAGACCAUGGUGUCCAGCACUGGGUUCUGAUGAAGGUGUCUGCUUUCCUCUGAACUCCAGCUGGCGACUUUCCUGACUGUUAACGCCGGAUUUUAGAAGAUGAAGGUGAGGUUUCUUUCCUAAGGGCAGGUGUGUAAGUGCUAUGAUAUGUGACAGGUGUCACUUACAGCUUGUACCUGGGACGCUGCAGGGAGAAAGGACAGCGUAAGACCAUAAAAGUCACUACUAAUUUGUGAACUGUCGAGGGAGAAGUCCUGUGUGCUUGUGGGCAGUGGGAGACAGGACAGCUACACAUGGGUGAGGCAGUGUCAGGUCUGAGCAGCACAGGCACAGCUGUAAGCCUGGACCAGGGACAAUACUGCCCUCGGUCGGGGCUCAGGUAACAAGAGGGAGCCCUGUCAGGUACUGUUAAGAACUGCCGGAUUUGUGUGCCAGCCGGUCUCCUCUCGUGGCUCUUGGGGCAGAAGCAUCAGUUCAUCUCCAGAGACUAAAUCUUUUGAGAGAGAAGACUGGGUUUCCGGUUCCUGUCAGACAGGACCACACUGACAAAUUACUGUGUUUUCAAGUGAAUGUUUUUACAGAUUUAAAAAAUGAUCUAUUGAAAGAGGGUAGGCAGUCAGGUAGGGAGGAGAUAGCAGCAAAACACUCAGCGGUAAAGUGUAUGAAAAGUGGUAUUAUGUAGAAAAUCAACAUUUUUAAUUAAAAUGCACAAUAUUAAGAGGUUAACUGACUAAUAAUGUAAUAAUGGUUUUCAAUUUUUAAAACAUAUCCAGGAAAUUUCAAAUAAUGAAUGAGUCUUCUCUGAGGUUUUUGUUUCUUUGUGACUUUUUGGUUGGUCUUUGUUUUUCCCCUUAUAUUUUAUAGUUGGGCUAGAAACAGGACAUCUCUCCAGAAGAAUCGCUAGUGAGAACUGGCAUGUUGGCACUUGAGACUGAACGCUGCUUUUCCAUGUCUACUGCUAGAAAGUUCAGUCAGGCUUCAGGGAAGAAAAUCCUGAUCUAGAAUUGCUUUCAGUAUUACAAUGUCUUUAGGAGAUUUAAAAUUAUUUUUAAUUUUUCCAUGGUUUCUAAGUGCCACAUUAAAAUCUUAUCUUACUGAGUUGUAUCUUUUCCAUUAAAGUUGACUCCAAGGGAAUUUGUUUAAAGCAACAUUUUCUUGGCAUUGAUUUCCAUUUUAGAAAUUAAGUCAUUCAUUUUCAAAUAGUCAGGGUCAGUAAAGAAAUGAAAAUUCUGACCGUCCGUUUGGGUAAUGAAGACAACUGCGACCAGGAUUUGUGGAGAGAGUUUUUGGCCUUACCAGGUUUUCAUUCCAGGUCAGAAAUCCCUAACUGCCUGCCAAAUUCCACAGCUUUUCCUGUGCCUGUGAUCCCUAGAGCCAGGAUACCCAAGAGUCUGUGCAGUAGUCGUGUGUGUGUUCAAUCCUAAUAUUCUAAGUCUGAGGCCUCCUUUACUUGAAAUGUAUUUUUUAUACUAUGUUUGUAUUUGUAUACUUUGACUGUAAAGACAGAAAAUAACUAGGCAAAUAAAUUACUGUCAAGUGUUGAAA